AAUUAAGUUUCAUUUGUACUAAACUGUUAUUCUCAUCUUUAACGUAUUUUUCAGGAUCCUAUUGAGCUUCCAGUUUCUCAGGUUACACUUUUAAAUCUCGGGAAAACUUAAGAAAAAAACGAGUGGCAAAUGUGUAUUACAUACAAUACCAUAGGUUUCCUACAACUAGAAAUUAUGUUCCACCAGGGGAAGCUGACAGUAAGGAUUUGGAAACGCUGUAUUGUUGCAGUAUGAGGCACAGUAGUGGUAUAUAAGAUGGGUGUAAAUUCCAAUGUGUAUUUCAACUUACUUAUAAAAUUAGACGUUUAUAAGCUAGUUGUCUCAGCCAAGCCAGGAAAUAAAUAUGCUGAAAAAGGUGUAUGAGAGCUUCAAAGAAGGGUACUUUAGAAUUCUUAUUCCAGUUCCAUAAAUUAAAUUAUAAAGAUGCUUUUGUUUAAUGCUAGAAAAUAUUUAAGUAAAAGAAGUAUUAUGUUGAAAUAUAUUUAAUCUGUUUUAAAAAAUGGGAAAAUGAAGUCACAUGUUUUCUUCCUUGAUGUCUGCAUAUUUAAUUCAUAGCUGUUAAUGUGAGAAUUGUUUUUUUAAAAAAGUUCUUGUUCCUGGGCUUCCUUGGUGGUGCAGUGGUUAAGAAUCUGCCUGCCAGUGCAGGGGACACGAGUUCGAGCCCUGGUCUGGGAAGAUCCCACAUGCUGUGGAGCAACUAAGCCCAUGUGCCGCAACUGCUGAGCCUGCGCUCUAGAGCCCGCGAGCCACAACUACUGAGCCCAUGUGCCUAGAGCCCGUGCUCCGCAACAAGAGGAGCCACCACAAUGAGAAGCCUGUGCACCACAACGAAGAGUAGCCCCCGCUCGCCGCAAAUAGAGAACGCCCACACGCAGCAACGAAGACCCAACGCAGCCAAAAAUAAAUAAAUAAAAUAAAUAAAUAAAUAAAUAAGUUCUUGCUCCUGAGCUUUAAAAAAUAUAGUCUCUAGUAUUUUGAGAGUCCUUUUUGAUUAUCAACUCUACCACUGUCCUCUUUUUUUAAAAUCUAAUUUGGCAAUUUAGUUACCCCAAUAUCUUCAUCUAAAAUAAUGAGAUAGCCUGUUAUUUGAAGCAUCCUGCAUCUUUUGGGUUUUAAUGGAAACUAUGAAUGGUUUGGGAAUUGAUUUUAAUUCUAACACACAUCUCCCUCUUUUUAAGGGUUCGAGGAAUUUUUCUGUAUGCAGUUCCAGGAGCAGUACAGCCAAAAGUGGUGGCCUUCUUCUCAGCACCAAUAUGAAGUGGGUACAGUUUUCAAACCUACACAUUGAUGUUCCCAAGGAUUUGACCAAGCCUACGAUAACCGUUUCUGAUGAACCAGACACGUUAUAUAAGCGCCUAUCGGUUUUAGUAAAAGGCCAUGAUAAGGCUGUAUUGGACAGUUAUGAAUAUUUUGCAGUGCUUGCUGCUAAAGAACUUGGUAUCUCUGUUAAUGUACAUGAACCUCCAAGGAAAAUAGAGCGAUUUACUCUUCUCAAAUCAGUGCAUAUUUUCAAGAAGCACAGGGUUCAGUAUGAAAUGAGAACACUUUACAGAUGUUUAGAGUUAGAACAUCUCACUGGGAGUACAGCAGAUGUCUACUUGGAAUAUAUUCAGCGAAACUUACCUGAAGGAGUUGCCAUGGAAGUUACAAAGACAAAAUUAGAACAGUUACCAGAACACAUCAAGAAGCCAAUUUGGAAAACAAUACCAGAGGAAGAAGAAGAAAGCAAGUCAUGAAGUCUCAGAGUGACCACUUGUGCUGGGAUGUGAAGUGAGCAUGUCAAGUGGAGUGAGUCUCCAGUGAAGACACUCUCAAGUCACCCUGACUGCUCUCCUGAGGCCGCACGGCCUGAUCGGUAGAAAGCAGGGAUUGGAAGUUUACGAUACACCAGACUAUUGUGCAGGAACCACUUUAUCUAUUCUUUUAUACAUGUCAUUGUUUCAGUUCGGAUUUUAACAAAUGUGAGCAAACCAUUUGGACCACUCUGUACCAAAACAGUCAAAUUCAUAUUUUGUUAUUCCACU